GGCCGAGCGAGCGCCAUGUCCGCGUGUGCGCCGCGCGCCUGCUGCCGGCCGCGCGCCCCGCCGACGCUACUCGAUAUCACAGCGAAAAUAGUCGCCGCUGCGAUCCCGUUCCAACGCAUCGAGGAGCGCUAUGAACGCAUCCCCGAGCCGGUGCAACGCCGCGUCGUGUAUUGGUCGUUCCCGCGGGAUGAGCGGGACAUCUGCAUGUACUCGUCGCUGGCGCGAGCGCCACCCGACGACCACCGCAACAUUGCCUUCUGCCGAGGGCUGAAGCUGCUGGAGGCUGGCUGUGUGGAGAACGUGCUACAAGUCGGUUUCCAUUUGAGCGGAGUGGUGCGCGCGCCCGCCGCGGUACCGCCAUGCUCCGAGCCGGAACGGCUAUACAGGGUCACUGUCUCGUUCGACAGGUGCAAGAUAACUGGAGUGACGUGCAGCUGCGAAGCGCGCGACAUCUUCUGGUGUCAGCAUGUGGUGGCGCUGGCGCUCUACCGCAUCAGAAACGCAGAUUCCGUCAGGCUGAGGGUGCCUAUAUCAGAAACCCUGCUGCAGAUGGACAGACAACAGUUGCAAAAGUUCGUGCAGUACUUAAUAGCAGAGCAUCAUACGGAGGUCCUGCCGACAGCGCAGCGGUUAGCUGACGAGGUCCUGCAAGCCAGGUCUGCUAUCAACAGGAUCUGUGGAGCACCUGAUCCAACGGCAGGACCGCCGCCUGAUGCACACCAUGCUUGGCACUUGGAUGAGCAACAAGUUUGCGAACAAGUGCGAGCAUAUUUAUUACAGGGGACUUAUUACAAUGCAAAUAAACAACUUAACUCGUUAUUUUCUAAGGUAAGAGAAAUGCUCCGCGCCCAAGACUCUAACGGUCCUAGGAUGCUAAUGCUUAUGACAGAACAGUUCCUAUCAGACCCAAGGUUACUCCUAUGGAGAAACCAAAACACCCCCAUGACGGAGAAGUGUAGACAGUUAUGGGAACAACUAGGAGCAUUGUGGGUCAGCAUAGUUUUAGACCCCGGCAGUAACAAACACCAUAGAAUACAAUGGAGACAUCUGUUGGAAAAAUGGUCUGCAGUCGAAGUUUGUCCCACUGAAGAUCCAGAUUAUCGGUCUUUUCCUUUGUACGCAAGAGAAAGGGAAAGAAACGAGAGAGAUCGUGACAGAGACCACAGAGAUAGAGACAGAGAGAGGCAUCGCGACCGAGAGGAGAGGGACCGAGAGAGACUGCGCGAAAGAGAGGAGAGAGACAGAGAAAGACAUAGAGAAAGACAGAGAAGAGAAAUGCAUUCCCAUUCAGAAAGUUCAGACGAAGAAUCUAGGCCUAAUAAUUAUGAACGCGAAUACAGGAGAGCAAGUAAAAGACUAAGACUAAACAACCAAAGAUCCGCACCGCAGCUGACGCCACGGACUGUUUUUCAUAAGGCGCUGGAUGCGGUAGACAUAUCCUGGGAGAACGAGCACCUGAAGAACAUCCUAGGCAGUGAUGAGUACAUCGACCCUGACAAACCGGAGAAACCUGGCAGUUCCACGACGACGACGCUGCAACCUUACCCCAAGUUCAAUGAAGAUGGACAGCCUCUGUGGCACGAGCACUUACCAGUGGUAGGCGCCCGUAUCGAAGCGCUGCGAGCGCACGGCCGCGCCCCCGCGGCGCUGAGACUGGCCGUCAGCGCCGCCAGAGCCAUGAGACAUCGACAGGAGGUGUCACAACAGCGAUGGCAAGAAGCAGGAGGGGGUGAGGCAUCGUCUUCGGGGGGCUCGGGCGGUGGCGGCGGGCCGGGCGGGGGGAGCGGGGGCGCGUCGUGCGCGGGGUCGGACGCGUGCGCCGGCGCCUGCACCGAGCGCGUGCGCCUGGCGCAGGUCUGUGCACACAUGGACUUCGGCUCCUGUCUGUCCAGCAGCGCCACCUGUGCGCUCUCACACAGCCAGCGGUGUAUCGGAAGAGACAGCAGAUGUUGGACCGGAUGGACACUAGAAGCCAUUUGGUGCGUCUACGAAUGCCUAGCCGAUGCCUGUCUAGCACCCGAUGAUCAACGCGCAUCACCCAGAUUACACACAGCUUAUCUUGAUGAAGAACCAAACACGGGCCUUCCGCCUAGGUAUCAACACGUCCCAGUAGCGGGUAGCAAGAAUCCUGAAGAGACUUACCUGGCACUAGCAUUAGAGGCAGCGUUACUAGGGUUGGGGGUGCAGAGGAUGCUACCACAGGGGCUGUAUGCGCAGGAGAGGCAUUGUAAGCAGGAGGAGAGACUCAUUGCACAGCUGCAGAGAGUGGAAGGGGAAGCGGCCGCAGGAGUCUGCGCGAGAGUGGCAGCCGCGUUACUAGCUGGUGGACCUGCGUCGUGCCUAGGCGCACGAGUACACCCUCGAGCAGCGCCAGCGCAUACAUUUGCGCGAUUCCUCUUCCUAGCUCUCCUUCCCGCGCACCCUGACCUGGCCUACCGAGUAGGACUCCGAGCCAUGCGCCUGCCCAUGGUGGAGGAAGCCUACGCGUUAGAUGGCAGCAGUGCGGCCGGCGCACCAGGGGGCGCUGCUGGGGCCUGGCACACCUUGCAACAUGCUGAACAACAGCAAGCUGCUCUCGCUAGUGCAUUACUAGGUGCAGCUCGUGGCAACCCGGGCAGGUUGCGAGCCGCGCUGGGCGCCGCGCAGCGCCACGUGCGGUCGGCCGCGCAACUGUUCCGGCUGGCGCAGGACGCGCUGCGACACGCCGCGCCGCCCGCCGCGCCGCACCAUCAUCGAGACCUACUCGCUGCCGCAUUCGAACUGGGGUUACAGGUGUUACGGAUGACGCUAUCCUCGGUGAACUGGCGAAGACGAGAGAUGGUUCGCUGGCUCGUCACCUGUGCCACGGAACUUGGGCUAGACGCACUACUGUCCAUCAUGCAGAACUGGUACGAGUUGUUCACGCCGACGGAAGCAACAGGUCCAGUGGCCGCGGCGGCAAUGUCCCACGCUACUGCACUACGACUCGGUCUCAGCUUCGAACAGCAGGAGAAACUUAGUGCUUGUGCGAGGACACUAGCGCUACAGUGUGCUGCUAAGGACCCUCCAGGUUGUGCUCUAAGCGCUCUAUCAGUGUGCGAGGGCUCGGCCGGCGCAUUCGAGGCCGCGUGCGCAGCGGUGGGCGGCGCGGCCGCGCGGGGCGCGCUGGCGUCCAGCCAACUGUUCGCAGUGGCGCGGUACAUGGAGCAACGCGGCCAGCCUGCCAGGGCCAUGCGGCUGGCUACACUGGCUAUGCGAAACCUCCACUUACAUUAUAACCAGGACAGCCACCCUGCCAUCGCGGACAUCCACUGGGCGGUUGCGCUGGCGCACUCCCUGGGACGCGCCGAGCUACAGGCCAUGUUACCGCUGCUUGUCAAGAACGUGCAGUGCGCGCCUGUACUUUCGGACGUGCUGCGCCGCUGCUGCGUGGCGGCGGCGGGGUGCUCGCGGUCGCGCGGCGCGCCCCCGCGGCCGCCCACGCCGCUGCGCCCGCUGCUGGAGGCGGCGCUGCGUGCGUACGCGUCUACCACGCAUGCGCGCCUCGCACACAUCUCGCCGCGUCAUUACGCCGACUUUGUCGAAUUCCUCGGUAAAGCUCGCGACACAUUUGCGUUAGCGCCGGACGGCCCCCAUCAGUUCGCGGCGCUCCUCCAAGAGAUCAAGCUCAAAUACAAAGGAAAAAAGAAACUCAUGUUCCUCGUCAAAGAGAGGUUCGGAUGAACUGACUUCAAUAGUUAAUGUUUGUUACUCGUUCAAUACAAACCCCACCGAGUGUGCAACGUUUGCUAGUAUGGCAUUCCAUUGAAAAAAGGCAUUUUGUUACGAUGCGAGAAAAUUUAGUUCGAAAUUCCAAGUUUAUAUUUUUGUUGUUUUGUCAUUAUUUUCGACUACUACUGCACUUAAAGACCGCAUUGCUAUGACAUUUCCAUCUUUAUUUUUUUAAUAUUGCUGUCACUGCAACUUAUUUUCCAAAUAAGUAAUUUUGGCGCCAUCCGCCAACUGUCAACAGUGUCAACUUUUUUUUCUUAAUGGCAGCCUUUAUUGUUCUACCUAAAAAAAAAUAUCUAUAAAAUUCUGAGACACAAUGCAAAGCCAUUUUUUUCAACGUCCUUGGUAAAGGCAUUAUAUCUCAGAAUUUUAUAUUGAACCACACUGCAAAUAAUAUUUCUCAUUUCUAUUCGGUCUUUAAUGAAGUAGGAAGUCGUAAAACAACUUUUCAAUCCUCAUGGCAUGCUGUAAUAUUGUUGAAUUAGUGCAAUUAUUGUUUUCAUAUGAAAUAUUUGUUUUUUUUUUAUCAUUAUGUUGAGACUCGUGCAAUAAGCUGCCAUGGGACAAUUUAUUUAGUUACGCGAAGCAAGACGUCUUUUAGCCUUGCCACAAUGCAAAUUUUGUUAAUGACGAUUUGUUUUAUAAUUACAUUCUAAUUUAGUAUAAGAUGUAAAAAACUAAAUUUUGUAAAAUUACAAAGUAUGCCCGUGACUUGUCAAGUACUAGUGUGACAACGCUACUUACAUAACGAGGACAUGUGUCGUUUCGUUCCGCGGUAAUUUAAGCUCGAAAUAAUUUUACCGUCACGGUAAAAAUGAUUACCUCAUGCGAGUUACACAUAGUCUCGUGUACCCGCCGUGUACCAAACCAGUCUAUUCUAAAGUAUUAUUUUGUUAAUUUACUAAUUAUAAAUACGGCUGACCUCGUAAUUUUCAUUUUUUUAUUAUCGUAAGAAAUGAUCUCAAUAAUUCCAUUUGUGUAAAUAGAAACGAGUUUGUAAAUAUAGUACGAAGACAAGUUAGUAUUGGAAAAUAUUAGUUAAUUAUUGUAAUUAGUUAUGUGAUCUGUGCGAGGAUUGCGUGCUGUAUAAAUUGUGUAAAUGUCAGUGUGUUCUGGAGUGGUGAAAUAUCGUUAAUGUUAAGCGAUAUUCGCACAAAUCGCAAGUUGUAAUUAGGGUUAGUCACGCCACUCGUAUAGCGUCCAAUAGCAAUGGGAUAAUUCAUAAAUAUGACACAAACACCAAAGAAUAUCGUAAGUCCAACGUGAGAUAAGCAACGCCAUCAUUCUUUCAGUAUUCUUGAGUAUUCUGUAUCUGUAUAGAUUUUUGUUUUAUAUUAUUACCAGGGCACUGUUUGUGCAAAAUACUGAGCCGCGAAAGUUCUAUGAAUAUUUUAUACACAUAACCAAGCCGUAUCUUGUCAAUUUUCUAUUAAGUACACAAAAUUUAUUUCAAGACCUUUAUUCUUCAUGUGUUACUUCUAACUAUAAGUAAUUUGACUUUAGCCGUUAUUUCUUUGAACUCUGCCUUUUCUUGUUUAGAGUAGAUAAUUAAAUUUUAACAAGAAGUGCAUUUAUAAAGAUAGAAAUGAAUAAUAUUUAAAAAUAGAGACGAUGUAUGGAUAGUCUUGAGAGAAUAGUAUGAAUUGAAUAGUAUAUAGACUUAAUGAAGGACUUUUGUACUUUUUGUGGUGUGUAUGAGGGUUGUGCAAAACUUAUUUUGACAUGUACAAAGAAACAUACAAAGUUAAUAUUGUAUCCGUUCAUUGAAUCAAAAUUUUGCCAACCCUAUAUUGUGUCAAAUAAAAAAAACAGGACAUUAGUACUCAUUAUAAUAUUGAUAUAAAUGUAAAUAUAUAAAAUAUUAUUUUUAGUUAGAGCGCUGAUAGUAGACACAUCCAAUAUCUUCCUAAUCAGAGAUUUUUACACGAAAAAAAUUAGUAAUAUCUGGUAGAAAAGUGAUCAAUAGUAACAGUAAAAUGUAUGGUAUUUAUUAUACUGCUUUAUACGUGUUACAUACAUAGAACGGCAUAACAUUGUAAUGUAUAUAACGGAACCAUAUUUAGCUUGAGAACGUAUGACAUUAAUCAAAGAAAGGGCAAUAAAAAUGUCGUCUAUUUUUUUUUAAUUUAAGACAGGCGUCGAAUUUGGUAGUGUUAGUUACUUCUCAAGUUGAAUGUGUGUUCCGUGUCAAACGCUACAAAUAUCAUGUGACAAGUGUGAGUCAAGUAAACUAUCUCAGUCUGAACGCAGCAUUGCGUAAGUGGUGUUUAUAAAAUUAUUUUUUGUAUGAAAAGAGAAAUUAAUUUUCAUAAUAAUGCAAAUAAAUUAAUGUCGAGCAAUAAUUUCGAAGCCUUCGGCCGGUCUGACGUGAUUCUGUAUGUACAACUUUAUUGGUUGUCGGGAACAUGUGUUUGUGUAGCUUUUUAGUCUGUGUGCGUGGUGCAUUUGAUUAUGGAGUCAAAAUUAUCAAUCUGAGUGCAAUAGAAAUAUUUUUAUUAAUCAUUAUCUUUCUUAUUAUUUAUUUUCAUGUAACUGUAAAAUUCUGUAAUUAUGUAAAUGCAUUUGUUUUGUUUAGUUACCUAUCAAUAAUGUUUCAUUUAUUUUUACUGAUUUUCUUUAACACGACUUGCCAACUUAUAAACUCCAUGCAAAUAUUUGACCUCAAGUGCCUUCAGGCGAGUCCAAAUAAGCCAGACCGGCUCAUUACUUGAUUAUGUUGUAUUUUUAUUUAAUACUGUCAGUGGUUAUAUUGUAAUUGUGUUGUACGUCAAACGUGGACACCCUUCAGUGCUGGUAUUAUGAAGGUGAUAAUUUCAAUAUAAAUAAUUGAAAAACUAA